ACAGAAGAGACACCAGAGGAAAUGAACCGCCACUCUGCGUCAUCAGAUUCAUCCCAUCACUUCAAUAUCUCCAGCAAAACAGUGGUUCCUGAAGCUAACAAGAGGCAGAAUUAUAUGAUUAAUGCACUUUUGAAGAAACAGCAUACAUGGAGGCACCUCUUGUUGUCUUCCAAGAGUUUGGAUGGAAUGAAAAUUAGCAACGAUUCUCUACCACAGUUUCAGUGUGACAAUGAGUCUCUCGUCCUGAGGUUUACUGUGGCCAAUCACACCCGUCAGUUCUUGCUCAACGAGAACUUCUCACCCAUCAACAUCCAGCAUCUCCCAGCCCACUGCAGACACACUGCAGAGAAACGUGGACCAUGGAUGCUACUUAAGGUCUUCUUUAAAGGCUGCUACCUUCAUCAUAAGGUGAUGGAGUGGAUGCAAUUCCACUCGGUGACAGUGCAGUACUUUGACCGCGAGCUGAUGCGCAAUGUAACAGCGGCGGCGGCGUGCCUCGAGCUCACGCCAUCACGCGCAGCUUCAAGGACUGUAGCUCCCGUGGUGAAGUGUGAGAAGAAUGAAAUGACGGUGAAGCUGCUUGGAUGCACUCUGAAGCACGUUUUAGUGUCUGAUCUCCAUGUUGAUCAAGGAAAGGAUGUCAAACAAUGGACAAACAAUCGGUUUCUGUAUGUCAAAAUUAAUAUUGAGAAAGAGCAAGCGUUAACUCUGAUUUAUCUUGAUCAUAUUGGAAAACUUAAAAAAGUGAAAGUCUCUUGCACCCAGAAAAAUAGGUCACGUUUACCUAUAGCCACCAUUGACACAGACACAGAUACAGAAACAGCCCCAGCAGACACAAGCACAUGCACAGGCACAGACACAAACAUGGAGGCAUUGCCAACAAGCCCCCCUGAGGAGUUUGAGCGCUUUUGGGAGUUUUGGGGUUUCCCAGACAUUCCAUCAGGGCCCUACAGACCACCUGGAGUUACGGAAGCACCUGAGUUAACUACAGAGUCUCCUGCAACAGAGCCUGUGACAACAGCACAGGAUCCCACUACUAGCAUCACAACUACUGUAACUACUGUAGCUGACACUACAACAUUGGCUGCUACAACUACAGCUGUUCCUACCACCACCGUAGCUGAUACUACAACAUCGACUGCUACAACUACAGCUGUUCCUACC